CCCCUUCUUGCCCAGCAUGACGCGUCUCUACAAGCUCUCGCGCACCCUCGCAGGACAUACCGGCGAUGUGCGCGCCCUCUCUGCCGCGCCGGCCUGCGCGGGCGAGGCGCAGGCGCUCCUCUCUUCGUCGCGCGAUGCCUGCUCGCUGCUGUGGCGCCUGCCCGCGGCCUCGGCGGCAGAGCUCAAGCAGCCGGAGCGCCUGGCCAGCCAUCAAGGCUACGUCAACUCCAAUGCCUUCUUGCCCACCGCUGCCGGUCUCGUGGCGCUGACGGGCGGACAAGACGGCCUGAUCAACGGUCACCUCAUCGACCACGCUGGCAUGCCGAGCUUAAGUGCAGACUACACGCUCGUGGGGCAUACGUCAAACGUAUGUGCCCUCGACGUCUUUGCCUCUUCCAGCGAGGCAGAGAGCUACGUCGUCUCGGGCAGCUGGGACCAGAGCGCAAGAGUAUGGCGCAACUUUGAGCCUGCAUACACCCUCGCUGGCGCAUCACAGGCAGUCUGGGCAGUGCUGGCUCUCUCCGAUACGCACAUCCUCACGGCCAGCGCCGACAAGCUCGUGCGUCUCUACGCGCUGCCCUCUGCUGCUUCCUCGGCGACGACGUCGGGCAAGGACGGCGAGACGCCAGAACUGCAGCCGCUGGCCGUGUUUCCGGGACAUCAAGAUGCGGUGCGAGCGUUGCUUGACCUCGGCGACGGAAGAUUCGCCAGUGCCGGCAACGACAGCAACAUCCACAUCUACAGUCUGCCCUCUCCGCUGCCCGAGGCCACCACCAAGCUGGGCGCCUCGGGAGCAGCGCGCGUCUUUCCCACGCAGACGCUCAGUGCUCACACGUCUUUCGUGUAUGAUCUGGCGCGCACACCAAGCGGCGAGGUGUUGAGUGCAGGAGAGGAUCGAAGUGUUCGUGUGUGGCGCGGCGAAGAUGUAGUGCAGACGAUUACGAUUCCAGCCAUCUCGGUCUGGGCCGUUGCAGCGCUCGCCAAUGGCGACUUCGCAUGUGCAGCGUCGGAUGGCAUUGUGCGCGUGUUUAGUCGAGAAGAGGAUCGAUGGGCGGAUAAGGAGACGCUUGCUGCGUACGAUGCAACCGUUGCAUCGCAAGCACUCAACAAGACGCAAGUCGGCGACGUCUCCGCGUCGGACAUGCCCGACUCCUCGGCACUCUCGACGGCGGGCAAGAAGGAAGGGCAGGUGCUCAUGGUGCGCAACGCCGCGGGCGGCGUCGAGGCGCAUCAAUGGUCCGUCGCCACGCGUAGCUGGAGCAAGAUUGGCGACGUCGUCGGCGGCGUCGGCAGCGGCACCAAGAAGCUGCACGAGGGCGCAGAGUACGACUACGUCUUUGACGUCGACAUUGCCGACGGCGUGCCGCCGCUCAAGCUGCCGUACAAUCUCGCGGAGAACCCAUACACGGCGGCCCUGCGCUUCAUCAACAAGAACGACCUGCCGCAGAGCUACCUCGAGCAGGUGGUGCAUUUCAUCGAGAAGAACUCGGAGACGAAGCAGCUCGGCAGCAAUGACGAGUACGUGGAUCCCUACACGGGCGCCAGUCGCUAUCAGGCACAGCAGCCCUCGGCCUCCUCCUCGUCGUCGGCUGCUGGUGCGGCGCCGAGUCAUGCUCGAGGAGCGGCAGCGGCGUACACGCAAGGCAUCAAUCCCGACCCCUUCACCCAGUCGGCACCCGUCGUCGCCGCGCCUGCUGCGUCGACUUCGAAGGCGGCCAGCACAGGCAAGCUGCUGCCUCAGCGCGACUAUUUGAGCUUUGCAAGCAUCAAUGCCGUCGCGGUGCAGACCAAGGUGGAGGCCUUCUCCGCCGAGCUCGAGGCGCAGAGCCUUGCGCUCCCCGACAACUCGCUCUACGCCCUCUCGCAGCUUCUCACUCUCUCCUCCAACACGACUGCUGCCCUCGAAAGCGCCCUCUGCUCCUGGCCACUCUCGCACCGCUUUCCCCUGCUCGACAUUCUGCGCUUCGUCGCGCUGCGUCCGACGACGCUGCGCGCGGCACAGAUUGCGCAGCAGGCGUUGGAGAGCGCCGAAUGGAGCGAGCCAUGGCCUACUGCGCAGGAGGCAAAGGAGGGCAAAAGUAGAGAUGUAUGCGCCAUGCUUGCCCUUCGAGCGAUGGCGAAUACUUGGAGCAGUGGAGAUGUUGGCUUGGUGGAGAGCGCCGAAGAGCUGCCCAGCUACGCGAUCCAUCUCGUGCGCGUCGAUGCGCCCCUCGAGUACGCCGCCGUGUUGCUUGAGGCACUGAGUGAUGUACGUCUCUUUACGUUGCCCUCUCUCUCAUCUCUUUCCUCCGUCUUUCCUUGCCUCUGCAAAUCGCACGGUGUGCCCCCCCCCCCAGCUGACACUGCCCUGCUCCCGUUUGCACACCAAACAAACAGGUGCUGGAGCGCGAACUGUGCCUCGCCUCGCCCGACAACGAAGUCCUCUUCCGUGCGCUCGUCGGCGUCGGCAAUGUGGUACGUUUGCCCUCCGCCGCGUCUGCGCCCUCUUCUGCCCCCCUCCCCCUUCCUGCCCGCCUUGUGAAGCUGACGUUUGAUCACACGCGUGUGUGUGGCAGCUCCUCUCGCCCUCGCGCCCCACGCUGCCAGGCGACGCUUGCCGCGCGGCGCU